CAUUUUAUACCCGAUAAAUUUAACUUGAGGAUAGCGGCAGUAGAAAACACACGAUACUCUCAUCCCACGGCUCUCUUUCCGAUCGAAACCAAAUCAGAGUGACGCUGUUCAUCUCUUUCUCAGUUCUCACUCUCCUCAUUCGAUUCUGAAUUCACAAUUUAUCAAUGGCGAGUUAUGUAUGGAGAAAAUACGCAGAUUAUUUGUACACAAAAUGGGAGAAAACCUUUCUAUGGGACAUGGUUGAACCUUACCGAAGACCUAAAUCUUUCACUCCUGUUGUUGUUACUUAUACAGCCGCUUUCUACACCGGAGUCAUCGGUGCCGCUAUCACCGAACAACUCUACAAGGAAAAGUACUGGGAAGAGCACCCUGGGAAAGCAGUUCCUCUCAUGAAACCCAAGUUUUAUGGCGGUCCGUGGAGGGUAAUGGGUGGUGAGAUUCCCCGAUAUGAGUGAAAAGUUCUUGAGGCAAAGCACUAAAUGAUAUCAGAGUGUGCUUUCUCUUCUCCUGGCUCAUGACUUUGCGGGAAAAUAAAAUGAUUUUAUUCCAAUAUACGAUUUCGUCUUGAACGAUUUGUUCUUGUGAUGAUGUUUAGAGUUGAUGCCAUUGGUGUUUGCAGACAGGUUUUUCUAUUUGUUGAAGAUGAGGAACACUUGUGUUUGGGAUGAGAAUACAUUGCCAUUUUUCUGAAUUGAUGAAAAUGGAAAUUGUUGAAAAUUUCUGACUUGUGUUUGGGAUGAGAAUACAUUGCCAUUUUUCUGAAUUGAUGAAAAUGGAAAUUGUUGAAAA